AUGGCGUUUGCACUCAUGCUAAAGGGAAAUUUCAUCAUAGUUACUUUAGUUUCCCUUGCAGUUUUUGGCUUUAAUUCAGAUGCUGCAGAGGGUGAUUUGCAGGGCCAAGGCACGGUAAAGGCCUUAUCAUGCUUCGACAAUAAGCUCAUUUAUGUUGGGUGUAAUGAAGCAUAUAGAUUAAACCCUUCUGGGAAUAUUAACAUACCACCAGAUGCCACUGAUUUUUUCUGUAGUGGGCCAUGCCUAACUGAAACACAAUUAGUGCUCAAUUGCAUUGAUAACAUACUGUCCAAUUUCAUAUUCUACAACAAAGCCACCGUACAACAAAUGAGAUAUGCACUAAAUGCUGGCUGCAGCUACUCCAGACAAAGAGGGAACUUCAAUUUGGCAGACUACAUUGGAGGAGAGGCAAACAAUGCUCACAAAUCACCAAUCGUGAAUAGAUUCUAUCUUUUCAUCACCGCAUUAGCAGCGGCAGCGAUUUAUUUACUGUGA